UCAAUGAUCGCACAAUGGUUGUGUUUCUGCUGCUUCUAGGCGUCAUAGCGGGUGCAUACGCCGAUUUUAACUGCUACCAUGUGUGCCAAGACUCAUAUCCGACACACACUUACCCAUCGGCUGAUCACCACUGGGCUUGUAUGAGAGGCUGCCGCUUUUAUGUCAUCGAGAAGAUGACUCUAAGCCAUCCAUUUGCUCUAGUAGCAGACUACGACAGCAGUUCGUCUCGAUGCAAUUCCAGUUGUAGUGAUGCGUACAGAAUGAAUUCCACUUUACUCUAUGCUUGCCAGAUUGGCUGCGGCCAGACAGAAGUGAAUGGGACGCCGACAACGGGUACAUCGUCAACAGCAGUUGCAACAGGGACUCUUGAGCCACAGGCAGCAUUUGCAAUGAUUUUUGAGAUUCAGCCAUUUGUACUAUUUUCAUCAAGCCGGGAUUCUGUGUUUGGCAACUGGUGGUCAAGUUGGGAGUCGAUGAACGGCUAUGGACACAGUUGGUUGAUCAUGUCGUUUUCAAGUUGGGAUGUAGAGCCAUCUACAGCGGCUCCCACACUCGUCACAUAUUGCCAAGGAUGGAUUCAGCAGAAUUUCUCGUCCCCCGUCUUCAUCAUUCUCUGCUGUUCGACUCUGCUGCUCUUUUUGUCUCUUGCUUGCUUGUGUUUGAAGCCAAAGAAACGAGAGCUCAGCAUUCAAGCUGAUGACUUGCCGCUAGUGAAGAAGCCAGCAGUGUUGGGUUCACUGGCUGCAAAGAAGGGUUCCAUCACGACCGUGUGAAUACCGAUUCAUGCGUAGCAGUCCACACCCCAGAACCUGUACAAAGAUGACUGUCACAUUGAUGACAUAAGACGAUGUUGAUAGUUAGCGUUGUUUACAUUCUAUUUGCGUUCGUAUUAUUACACGUAGUUUCGUGUUCACGGCAUAGCGAUUUUGAUUUGCAGUUAGAAUGUUCUGUAAUGACAUUGAGACUGAUGACGUCACAUUUCACCUUGAUCCUACA